CCGAUGCCCAAUGACUCAGUCACAAUUUCCUCUCUCUCUAACCAGAUUCUCAAUUCAGGUUAGGGUUAGGGUUAGGGUUUUGGUUCCUGUUCUGUGAUACGCUUAAGAAAAUGGAGGCCGAGAAAGGGUAUAAAAACAAAGAGCGCAUUACGCUCGUGGCCAUUGUGGUGCUUGCUUCGGUAGCCGUAGCUUCGCUGCUUGUGGCUUUUAGUUACUAUUGCUAUAUACGCAACAAGGUCUCCAAACGUCUUAAAUCUAACAAAAUGGUUGCUUUUGUGGAAAAUGAUGGCUUUGGAAGUCUCCAAGUUUCUUCUGAGAGAGGACCUCUGGUAUUCACCUUUAAGCAGCUACAUUCAGCAACUGGUGGUUUUAGCAAGUCAAAUGUGGUUGGGCACGGUGGAUUCGGGUUAGUAUACAGAGGAGUGCUUAAUGAUGGGACAAAAGUUGCCAUUAAGUUCAUGGAUCAGGCUGGAAAGCAGGGAGAAGAGGAAUUUAAAAUGGAGGUGGAAUUGCUGAGUCGGCUGCAUUCUCCAUACUUGCUGGACUUGAUUGGGUAUUGUUCAGACAACAAUCACAAAUUACUGGUGUACGAGUUUGUGGCCAACGGUGGUUUGCAAGAACACUUGUAUCCUGCCAGAGUUUCUAGUACGGUCAAUGUAAAGUUGGACUGGGAAACCCGACUGAGAAUAGCGCUGGAAGCUGCAAAGGGCCUGGAGUAUCUCCAUGAACAUGUUAACCCUCCUGUGAUUCACAGAGAUUUUAAGAGCAGCAACAUCCUUUUGGAUAAAGAUUUUCAUGCCAAAGUCUCAGAUUUUGGAUUGGCCAAGCUUGGAUCUGACAAAGCUGGUGGACACGUUUCGACUCGAGUGUUGGGCACCCAAGGAUAUGUUGCCCCUGAGUAUGCUUUAACUGGCCAUCUGACAACAAAAUCUGAUGUCUAUAGUUACGGUGUUGUCCUUUUGGAGUUGCUUACUGGCAGAGUCCCAGUUGAUAUGAAGAGACCUCCUGGAGAAGGCGUUCUUGUAUCAUGGGCUUUGCCUAGGUUGACCGAUAGAGAGAAGGUUGUACAGAUUAUGGAUCCUGCAUUGGAAGGUCAAUACUUAAUGAAAGAGGCCAUUCAAGUGGCAGCAAUUGCUGCCAUGUGCGUACAGCCAGAGGCCGACUACAGGCCGUUGAUGGCAGAUGUUGUGCAAUCGCUGGUGCCUCUGGUGAAAAGUCACAGGUCAUCAUCCAAAGUAGCCAGCAGCUCUAGCUUUCACUCUGUCAGGUCUCCUACAGCCCGGGACCUGAGUAAAGCAGUAGUCUGAAACAAAUCAUUGGAAAUAGACGAGUGCAAUCAUGUUUUGCUGAACUUUGAUUGUUCUUGUCCUCUGGACGAGAAUCUGGAAUCUUGACCUAAAAGUUUAUGUAUUCAAACUGCCUUUGAUUCCCGGUUUUGACCCACGAUCCCAUGCAUAUUACAAAGGCUGGUUAGCCACCAAUCAUGUGAGAUGCUUAGCUUUAUCAACUGCGAUUUAAAAAUUUUGCCUUUAAUCUCUUAUACCAUUAUGGGGAAUAAAAUAUCUUGCUCAUU